UAGUGUCGUUUUGCUGUAGAAAAGUAAUCUGUCUAAGUCACUCUCAGGCGACAAUCUCCUCUUGGACCAUCUCUCUCUCUGAAAAAAGAAAAAAGAAAAAGAAAAGGUCUAAAACGACAAGUGAUGAAGACCUCAUUUUCUAAGUCCAUCAAAUGUUAAAAAAGAAAACAAGAAACUUUGACACGCUUCUUCUUCCACUUGCCUCCACGCGCCGCCCUUUCCUACUUUACGCGCCGCCAUCCUUUCUCCCUUACUUUAUAUUUGCCUUUUUCUUUACUUUUUAUCUUCUCUCUAUCUCUUUUGUUUAAAGUUCAAUCUUUCUCAAAGAUCUGAACUUUUAAUUUAUGUAUUCGGUGCUUCUGAUGAUAAUAAUAAAAAAAUGGGCGGAGUUACGUCAUCAAUCGCCGCAAAGUUCGCUUUUUUCCCGCCAACUCCACCUUCUUAUACUGUUUUAACCGACGAGUCUAACUCCGGCCGGCUAUUUAUUCCGGAGGUACCGAGGACUGAUGACGUGGAUGUUUUAAAGCUUAGGACUCGGAGAGGAAAUGAAAUCGUGGCCGUACAUAUAAAGCAUCCAAGAGCAACAGCAACUUUGCUCUAUUCUCAUGGAAAUGCAGCUGAUUUAGGACAAAUGUUUGAGCUUUUCGUUGAAUUGAGUAAACGACUUCGUAUUAAUCUUUUGGGGUAUGAUUAUUCUGGCUAUGGACAAUCAAGUGGAAAGCCAACUGAAUGUAAUACAUAUGCGGACAUAGAUGCAGCAUAUAAUUGCCUCAAAGAACAAUAUGGGGUUAAAGAUGAACAACUAAUACUGUAUGGUCAGUCUGUUGGCAGUGGACCCACAGUUGAUCUUGCUUCACGGUUACCAAAUUUGAGAGGUGUGGUUCUACAUAGCCCAAUUUUGUCUGGAAUGAGGGUAUUAUACCCAGUCAAGAGGACAUACUGGUUUGAUAUAUACAAGAACAUUGACAAAAUUGGAAUGGUGAACUGCCCUGUUCUGGUAAUUCACGGAACAGCAGAUGAAGUUGUUGAUUGCUCCCACGGUAAACAGCUUUGGGAACUUUGCAAGGAGAAGUAUGAACCAUUAUGGAUAACUGGGGGUGGACACUGCAAUCUUGAGCUUUAUCCAGAAUUCAUCAAACACCUAAAGAAGUUUGUUUUGACGCUAGGAAAAUCAAAAGGAACUACAAAUGGUUCUAAAAGAACAAUAGCUGAGGCAGAAAAUCAGAACAAAAUAUCUGAGAGUGGAACGUCAGAUACCUUUGAGUUGGGUGGUGACCUUCCUGAGAUCUCUAGAAAUAGUUUAGAUAGUAGACUGGAGAAGUCUAAGAAGCCAAAUAAACCUGAAAAGUCCCGGAUGAGCACUGACCGUGUUGAUAGAUUUAGGAGAAGAAAAGGCUUGGUCUGGUGAUUGCUUAUACAAAGAGCUUCUUCAAUACAGUAUGUGCAUUGGUACAUCUGAGAAGGUAAUAUAUUUUUCAUCUUGCUUUUGUAACGUGCAACAAAUUCCGUACAAAUUAUUAGAUCUGUGUAAUUUUCCACAUAAAUGUCAUAUUUGUAUGUAUCCUUAGAACAUGAAUCAAAUCAAGCCAAAUCUUGCAUUUUAACUCUUGUAAAAACAGCUCCUCAUUUGAAGAUGAAAAUGAUGUAAUUUCACCAUUUGUAUCUUAAA